AUGAGUAGGAUUGCAUGCCGACAGAUUUUGCCGCUGCGGCCAUCGCUGCAUCGCACCAUGCACACAAGCGUGCGGAUCAUGAGAGAAAAGCAGCCAGUGCCUGCUUCGCCGCCAGCAGGCGAGAAGCGAGAUCUUGUGGCAGAGCAGGUGAACCGCAUUGGUGAACCAACACCUGCUGCAAUCGUAAGCGAUGCACCGAACUCUUUGCACCAGCGCACCGUGCGCAUUUACCAGCCGUCGAAACCAGCGACACAAUCAGGCAAGGCUGGUACGCGUGAUUGGCGCCUUGACUUUGAUAUUCUUCAGGGAUCUGGCCGGUGGGAAAGCCCACUUAUGGGCUGGGCCAGCACGAGACGUGUGAGCUGGAGACUUGUGGGUGAUGGAUGGACGUUCCUUGCAUAG